AUGAUGCAGCAGGUUAUUGGGUCCACUGUGAAGAUAAAUGAGAGAGUAGAUGCACAUGACGCAACUAUCAAAAAUAUUGAAGUGAAAGUGGGCCAAAUUUCAAUGUCUCUGAACAAUCGUCCUCAAGGGACGCUACCUGCAGAUACCCAAAUCAAUCCUAAAGAUCAGGGCCCGAAGCAGUUGAUGGCGGUGAGUCUCCGUAACGGCAGGGAUCUCGACGAAGAGCAAGAGAGAGCUCGUGACAAUAUACAGGCUGAGACACUCAUCCAGGAGACCGAGAAAGUUGCUGAAGUAGUUGAAGAGCCGGUAGUAGAGAUAGUAGCUGAGAAAGAAAAGUCCCAAGAGAUUGGGAAGAAAAGACCUCCUACUCCAUUUCCACAGAGGUUGGCCAAGCAUCAAAAGGAGGAGCAGUACAAAAAGUUCCUUGAGAUGCUCAAGCAAAUUCAGAAAUUUUACUUCCAAGACUUAGCCACAGUGACACUUACUCAAACGUGCAGUGCAGUUGUAACUAGACCUGUUGCUGAAAAGGUCUCCGAUCCAGGGAGUUUUACUAUUCCAUGCACUAUUGGAAACUUCGCUUUUGCGAAAGCACUUUGCGAUUUAGGGGCCAGCAUUAAUCUUAUGCCCCUGGUCAUUUACAAGAAGUUGGGCAUAUGGAGAGCUAGACCCACCUCUAUGUUGCUACAGCUGGCUGACAGGACUGUGAAGCGUCCAUUUGGGAUCCUAGAUGAUGUACUUAUUCAGGUGGAUGAAGAAAUUCCUAUCAUCUUAGGAAGACCUUUCUUGGCCACAGGGAGAGAUCUUAUUGAUUGUGAGACCGGGGAGCUUAAGAUGAGGCUCAAUGACGAAGAGAUUAUAUUCAACGUGCAGAAAUCUUUGAGGCGCCCAAGUGAGUUCGCAAAUUGCUCUCUUAUUGAUGUCGUGGAUGUAAUCAUACAGUAUGAUGAUGAAGUGUUGACGAUUGAGGAUCCCCUCGCUUCAUGUUUGAUGAAUUUGGAGGAAGUGAACGGCCACCUCAGGUAUGAAUUUCUGGGACCUGACUCCACUCUACCUGUUAUUAUCUCAUCUGGUUUGUUAGAUGUGCAAGUCCAACAGCUUCUACAGGUAUUGAAGGAGUGCAAAACUGCCAUUGAGUGGACCAUGGCAGACAUCAAGGGGAUCAGCCCUGCUUACUGCAUGCAUAAGAUUCUGUUGGAAGAGGGGCACAAACCUUCCAGGGAACAUCAGAGGAGGCUGAACCCAAAUAUGAAGGAAGUG